AACAAACCGGCAAAAUUGCCUUCCUCCUCUUAUGGCCAGAAAGUAACACAAAAGGAGAGAACCUGGAGGAAUCAUGGCCUCCAAGCGAUUUGGGCCCAUGAAGGACUUUGCGCGGGCCAAGAAACCGCGUCUGGAUGUCAGCGUGACGCGCGGAUCAACGCGGCCCAGUCCUCCGCGGAACAAUUUCGAGGGCAUCUUCUGGGAUGACGAUGACGACGACGUCAUCCUGAUGGCCACCCAGCUGGCGGAGGCCGAAAUAGAGGCGGAGGAGCGCAAAAAGAAGGCGGGAACGGAGGUGGACAUGGCCCACAGCGAGGUGACCUUCAGCGAAUUUGCUCCUACGGGUCAGGGUUCGACUAGCACCCAGCAAAUGUUUCCGCCCCCGCCGCCACCGCCUCAAAAGAAGUCCACCUCCCUGGACAUGGAAGCCAUCUUCGGGGACGACGAUGACUUUGACUUCCUCGCCGUAACCCUCAUCGACAGCGAGCCUCAGAAGCUGGCGGAUUCGAAGCCCAGUACGAGUAGGAUCACAGGUUCCAGCAUCACCGUUCAGCAGAAGACCACGACCACCAUCAAUGCCACACAAUCACGCCAGCAGGAGCACCAACUCAAGUUCCUAAUGGAUCGCAUCGAAGCCCUUAAGCGGGAGAAGGCCCAGCUGGAAAAGAAUCUGGGCGACAGCAACGAACGCAACGAGAUCAAGUCGGGAGAGGUUACCCUGCUUCGCGAUGAGCUGAAGCACGUCCGCCAGCAGCUGCAGGCCAGCAAGAUGGAGAAGCUGGCUUUGGCCGACGAAACAAACCGGGAUUGCAACAAAAAAGUGGCGGAGGCGGCCAAACAAAUUGCGGCGAAGGACAUCGAAUUGAAGAUGAAGAACGCCGAGUUCAGCAAGCUGAAAACACAGCAAAGAGCCCAUGAAAAAAGUAUGAAUUCCAGCAUUUUGCAGGCUGCCCCAGAUCCGUUAGCGAAGCGGUCGCUACUCCGCCUUCAGAGGCUCAACAUACACAGACCUGUGCCCAGGUUAAAAGCAAGCAAUGGCAGUAUGUUUGAAUAUAGCGAGGAUGAGGAUCAGGGUAAGAGACGGGGAAACCCUUUCGAUUUAGAGCUAAAGCAACUGCUGCUCUAUUACGCUCAGUUGCAAGCGCAGCCGGAAUCUUUGGAUAAACUCAUUCCAAGGAUACUCUCUUCCGUUGGCAAAGUUUUCAAGGAGUUUGCGUCGUAUGCUCAAAGCCUGGACUUCCCACAUAACUGCAUGUUAUAUCCUUACAAUCCGUACAACCUCGAGGAGCGAGUUCACCGCAUUUCCCUUCCCCAGCACGGUAGCUUGUAUGAAUACGAAAGGGCUGUGCCUUUGCGUCGCUACAUGGCUACCUUGGCGUUGAUUUGCCGGCAAGAGGAGAGGAUUUCACGAGCUCUGCUGGAGUGGAAAGAAAAGGAUCUGGGACUAAUUGAGAUGGCAACCGAAGCUGUUAUAAAGCUGGGAUUUUCCUACGAUGUUGGUAAACAUUUUGGUUUGCUGGAAGCCCUGACUUCCCUCCUGAAUAGCCUUCUGAAAGAAGAGCGAUUGCCUCAACAGCAUGAGGAGCUGCUCUUUGAUCUGCUUAAGCAGCUGGUAUUUACCCGACCCAGUCCUUGGGUUUUUGCUGAGCUUAGCUGCUGUUUCUUGAGCUGCCUUCGACAGCCUCAACUGUUAGAUAAGAUGUGUGUAAAUAGUCCCAAGGACAGCUUUGUUUCGGAUCGCGUUCGCUCCACUUAUCGAUUUGGGCCCGACUCCUGUUUACUACAGGUCUAUGCGGGCUUACUGGAGCUAUGCUUCUUUAGUGAGACUCCUCUGAGAACGGAUCACUUCCAGCUGCUGCUUCAAAUCGGCAGAAAUCACGUGCGCUUUGCGUUCGAGUGCUUCAAGAAUCCGCCGGAUUUCAUUUUGGAAAUGCUGCCUUACUUCACAGAUGUUGGAGAGGAGGAUUCCGGCGACAGCACUUUGAUGAAAGCGGGCAGCAGUUUGAGUUGCAGCACCACGGGAGCGGUCCAUGGGUCGAUGUCCAAUGGAUCUUCAUCAGCGUCCGUUUCAAACUCUAAUCUAAACUCAAAUUCUAACUCGAGUUCAACGCAGCGCAGCAAAGACUGCGAGUGCUAUGUGAAAUUAUGCCUUAGUGCGGUUACGAUUGUCUUCCAAGUAAUGCACCAAUGGAUGUUGCACGAGAGAAAAUCAGGCACCGAUGAGGUUGGCGAGAUUUCCCGCAUUGCUGUGCACCUGCUGACCCUCGUGUUUCAUGAAUAUUACCUCACCUGCCUUUUCCGCGACUCCGAGGAGACGACAAAGCACUACCUCAGCCUAAUUUGCAACUGGUGGAGCGAACAUGCAGACUUACUUGGCUUCCAGCCAAUACACUUGCGUUUGCUAAACCAGCUGGAAAAAGCUCAUUUCAUGCUGAAACCUCUCCAUCAGGAGGCCAAUCGCAACAAUCCAGCCAACGAUCUCUCAGAAUGGAACCGAAUUGUCAAGAACGCGGAUGCCCAGAAGAAAGUAAAGUCAGCUGUGAAAUUUGAUCCUACUAAAUUGCUCGACAUCGACUUCUUUGCUGCUCUGAAACAGGAAAAAGGCACGUUUGAGUAGUUAUUAAUUGUUAUGUUUAGACAUUUUAGUAUUAGUUUUUAGGGUUUGAAUAAGUGCAGAAUUUAA